AUGGAUGCAAACGCCGGCUACCAUCAGAUCCCUUUGGCCAUAGAAGACCAGCCACAUACGACCUUCAUUACAAAUGCCGGAGUAUACUGUUACAAGGUUAUGCCCUUCGGGCUAAAGAAUGCUGGAGCUACCUACCAGAGAAUGGUCAAUAAGGUCUUCCAAUCUCAAAUAGGCCGAAAUUUGAAAGUAUACGUGGACGAUAUGAUCACAAAAAGCAAACAAGCGUCCCAACAUGCCGCGAACUUACGCGAAACAUUCAACACCCUCCGGAAACAUCAAAUGAGACUCAACCCUGAAAAGUGCGUGUUUGGGGUCACCGGUGGGAAAUGCCUUGGUUUCCUCAUUGACGAAAGAGGAAUAGAAGCCAACCCUGAUAAGAUAAAGGCAAUCCGGGACAUGAAGUCCCCAAGAUCUGUAAAAGAAGUUCAAAAGCUAACAGGAUGCAUAACUGCUUUGGGAAGAUUUUUGUCCAAGUCCGCUGACAGAUGUUCACCCUUCUUCAAAACCCUCAAGCAGAGCAAGUUCGAAUGGACAAAAGAAGCCGAGGAAUCCUUCCAUCAGUUGAAAGAGCAUUUGUCUUCUUUGCCGAAACUAAUCUCGCCAUACAAUGGGGAGAAACUGGUCUUAUAUGUCUCGGUCUCCGAAUACUCCUUGUCAGGAGUAUUGAUCGCCGAAAGAGAGAGGAAGCAAUUCCCCGUAUACUAUGUGAGUCACGCCUUUCGAGGAUCUAAAGGAAACUAUAGUGAAGUUGAAAAAGUCUUAUUUGCAAUCGUGAUGGCGAGCAGAAAACUGAAACCUUACUUCGAAUCCCACCAGAUCAUCGCUAAUCAACUUGCGGAUUUCGGCAUCGAAUACGAACCACGAACGGCGAUCAAAGCACAAGCCUUAGCGGAUUUCAUCGCCGAAAGCACCAUCCCCCAACAUCCUGAGCCUAAUCAAGAAUGGAAGUUAUACGAGGAUGGAUCCUCGACACAAUCAGCAAGCGGAGCUGGGUUGCUGAUAUUGUCUUCUGUAGGGGUCCGUAUGGAAAGAGCGGUCAGAUUCGAGUUUGCGGCCUCUAAUAAUGAAGCAGAAUACGAAGCAUUACUCAUGGGGCUCAAAAUCUGUCAUGAAGCAGGGACGAAAGUAUUAUCCACUUUCUCUGACUCCCAGUUAAUAGUCGGACAAGUAAAUGGAGAAUUUGAGGCCAAAGAUGAAGGCAUGAAGAUGUACCUGCAACAAGUAAGAGAAUUUGUCAAGAAAUUCGACAAAUUCACAUUAGUCCACAUCCCAAGAUCUCAAAACGCCCAAGCCGAUUCCCUGGAAAAACUCGCCAGCUCAGCCGAAACAGCCGCGGCUCGCGAAAUUGUCUGGGAAGUUCUUCCGAACCCCAGUAUCAACCUCAUGGUUAACACAAUUGAUAGAUCAGAUAUGUGGAUGGAACUGUACAUCAAAUUUUUGCAAAAUCAGACGCUCCCCCAUGACGAGAAUCAAGCCAAAAUGCUUCGAAAGAAGGCCAGAUGGUUCGAGCUCCACGAAGGCACGCUCUAUAAAAAAUCAUAUACCCAUCCCCUCUUGAAGUGUGUUUAUCCUAAAGAAGGAAACUACAUCCUUCGCGAAAUACAUGAAGGCGGAUGCGGUAUACAUCAAGGAGUACGAACUGUCAUUGGCAAAGUCCUUAAAAGCGGAUAUUAUUGGCCCUCUCUCAGGGAGGACGCGGAAACCUUGGUCAAGCGAUGUCCCAAAUGCCAAUACCACUCAAAGAUCGAAAGAAAACCAUCUAACUACCUGUCUGCCAUGCAAGCCGUCUUACCAUUCGAUAAAUGGGGUAUAGAUCUCCUUGGCCCCUUCCCUCGCGCAAAGGGACAACGCAAAUUCAUUAUAGUGGCCAUUGAUUAUUUCACCAAAUACGUGGAAGCAGAGCCCCUCAGCUCCGUCACGGAUAACCAAGUCUGCCAAUUCAUAUGGCGAAAUAUCAUCACAAGAUACGGCAUUCCUCGUGUGAUCAUCACAGACAAUGGGAGACAAUUUAUCAGUAAGAACACAACACAAUACUGUGACAAGUUUGGCAUUCAAAUUCGAUUCAGCUCUGUAUCUCGGCCACAAACAAAUGGGCAAGUUGAAUCAGCAAACAAGGAGAUCCUGAACGGUAUCAAAAAAAAGAUAGAGGGGGUUAAAGGUACUUGGGACGAAGAACUAACCGGCAUUCUAUGGGCAAGCCGAACAACCGUCAAAGAAGCAACGAGACAUACCCCAUUCUCUCUGCUAUAUGGAUCUGAAGCAGUACUUCCAGUAGAAAUAGGCAUACCCUCUACAAGGGUUACCUACUACUCACACGACGAGAAUGAACAAAGGAAAAGAGAGAACUUGGAUCUGCUUCCAGAAACACAGGGGAACGCAUUAUUAAGGUCCAUGGCCCAGAAGCAAAAAAUGAUUCGCAGCUUCAACCGGCUCGUCAAAACCAAACAUAUUCAUGUGGGGGACUAUGUCCUACGCAAAGUCGAAGCCACAGGGAAAAUCGUAGAGAAAGGGAAGCUUGGAGCCAACUGGGAUGGUCCGUUCAAAAUCAUUCGCAAGGGGCCAGUCUGA